UUGUAGUUUCAAAUUGCUCGUGCGCACCACAGCGUCAAGUAGCCAGAGGGUUAUAGAGGGUGAAGGUCUCUAGGAUUGUAUUUUCUGAGCUUUUGUACUACUAUCCUUGCCAUUAUUAGAAACACACUCCACAGCGGUUUCCCGUUUUGCAUUGCAGCACUCCCCCUGGUGUAUAGCGGCCAAUUCAUGCAAUAAGAGUUCACACGCCGUUACUAUGGAAACAAGUCAACUGUGCAGAGGGACAUAGGAAGAAGAAAAGAAGACGAGGUGCGCGGGUGCAAAAAGUGCGUUCCGGAGCUGGAUUAUAUUUUUUUUAUUUUUUUUAUUCGCUAAUGAUGCCACUUGAAUUACAGCCUUCGUCUAGCCGUGCCACAAUGCAAACCAAGCGGAGUGCAUGGACCCCACUGAACCAUCCGCAGAUCAACAGCAAGCUGUUUGAUGAGAGGAGACAGCUUCUGGCAAAAUGGUUUCGUAGCUGGUCCGACAGCCAGAGGAAGGCUGUGCUGGGGGACUUUGUGCUCCGCUGUUCGGUGGAGCAGCUCAGGUCCCUGAGCCUCACCGUGAGCAGACGGCUCCCCCUGCAGGCUGCAGACUUCACCUGCCUGCUGCCCAGAGCCCUCUGCCUCUACUUGUUCUCCUUCCUGGACCCUCGCAGCCUCUGCCGAUGUGCUCAGGUGAGCUGGCACUGGAGGAGCAUCGUGGAGCUGGACCAACUGUGGAUGGCCAAGUGUCUACGGCUCGGCUGGUGCAUCACCUUCUCCCCCUCGGCCUUUGAGCGGGGUGUCUGGAAGAGACACUACAUAGAGACUGUUCAGGAUCUGCGACGCAGACUGCUGCAGACACCGUCAAUGCCACCGGAGCUUGAAAUUCCUUCAGCCAUCAGCGGUGGACGAAAGCAACCACCAGAACUGGUUAAGAACGACAAGGAGCAUCCAGUUCCCACCAUCCAGCCUCCUGAGUCCAGCUCCAGAUCAGGGUUAAAAACAGAAAAGAAGGCUAAAGCCCUGCCACCAUGGAGAGACUCAGACAGACACCCAAAGGAUACAAUGCGCUUCAACUACCUGGACAACCUGGAUCCCGUGGAGCAGACCUUUAGAGAGCAAAUGAGAAGUAAAACCUCCACAUGCCGCAGCGGUGCGUCCCAGAACGGUGACGGAAAGAGAAAAACGCCAUCUGAGGCCACGUACAAACUACGCAAAGCUAAGUCUCUGAUGUUCCUCAGAGCCCAGGACUCCUCCCCACCUGUUCCUGCUAAUCGUCUCUCCACAGACCCUCGGACCCAAACCCGCCCCUCAUGGGCAUCUCCUGCUCAGGACCACCCAAUUACCAUUGAGACAGCCGUGAACCUGCUCAGCAUGACCCGGUGGAACGCCGGGGUCCGACCCGGGCCAGUGAGGCCGUCGGUCCCCCAGUUAAGUUUGGAGGCCCUCAAGGCAGCCCGGCGCUCUCAGCGGAGCACUCCCAGUAUACGGUUGUUCAAUAUUUGAAGCGCAGCUCAACACUGCCCCCAGCAGGACAAUGAUAUCAGCACUGAGCAGAGCUUCAGGAGAACUUCUUUUGAAUGAAUCUAAUAUUCUUCAUUAUCUCCUUCAAACCUUUCGCAUCAUUUUUUUUGUUGUUGCAAGGAAUCGAUGUAUUUUUGGGAUCAAGUUGAGAGUUUCUGCAAAAAUGUAUUUGAGAAGAAUCUGCAAGUCAAGUUAGAAAAUAUAACAGGCUGUUGUAAGUCUUACCUGAACCUGGCAAGACUUUGGCUUGAAUUUAUUAUUCGAGGACAUUUGAGACAUCCAUCCAUCCAUACAAUUUCUAACAUCCUUGUCCCUGUUGGGGUCAGGAGGGCUGCUGGUGUCCAUCUCCAGCUAAUGUUCCGGACGAGAAGCGGGGUCACCCUGGACAGGUCGCCAGUCUGUCGCAGGGCACAUUUGAGACAUUUCAACUUCUUUUUUCAAAUGUCUCUAUGAUAUUGAACGUGUUUUAUGGGCCAAAUGGAAUUAUAAUUAAAACGUCUG